AUGGACUUUUACCUUGACAAAGUUCAGGCUGACAUUAUAGAAGAGGUUGAAAAACUCAAUGCUAAAGAUGUUUCGCUACAGAAAAAACUUCAAGAAGAAUGUGAAUCCUUAGAAAAUGAGUUAGAAGAGUUUCAAAGUAAACUGGACCAGUAUUCAGAGAAGGUUAAUCAGUUGUUUGCUACAUCAAAACUUGCACAGAAAAGGUUGAAACAAUGCCAAGAAGUAAAUCAAAAUAUUGCUUCUAGAAGUCAAAUAAACAUUUGCAAAUUUGAACCAUCCAAAGAUAUGACGGCUUUUAAAACGAACCACUCUCCUCUGGGAAUGAUUUCUACACAUAUCAAGAGAUUUCCUGGUCCCAGUAGGAGGAGUAUCAUUGAAAUGGAAGCACACUUGGUGGAAAAGAUGAACGCUCAAGUUGCAAAGGACGACAAAUGUUGGAUUACGGGAAUGGCAAUGGUUUCAUUUGACGACAUUUUGCUUGCAGAUUGCGAGAACAGUUCUCUGAAAAUUCUAAAUGUGAGCAAUUGUAAGGUCAAAUCAAGGAUUAAACCACCUGGAAAACCAUGGGAUGUAACUGUAAUCAAUUCUGAAAAGGCUGCAACAACUUUACCAGAAGAAGGGAAAAUCCUGUUUGUGAGCACUAACAAUGGGCUGUCUGAGAGUCACAGUCUGAAAGUCAGGUAUGGGUGUGCUGGAAUUGAUCAUCAUAGUAGUAAAAUAGCAGUAUCAUUCUACAGCCCUCCUGCUAUUCAGGUAUUGGGCAUGAAAGGACAUAUUCUUCAUGAAGUCAGUGAUACUAGCAUAUUUAAAUCACCAUACUAUAUCUGUAUGAGUAAUGAUAAUGAAGGGAUGUUUGUGUCAGACGUCGGGAAGCACUCAGUAUAUGAGCUCAAAAUAGAUGAGGAACUUAAAACUACAAUAAAAUCCGAGAGCCUGACAUAUCCAGCAGGACUAGUAAUGACCACCAAUGGAACUGUUGUUGUUUGUGGUAGAAAGAGGGUGAACAUGAUCGUACCUGGUACAAGUGAAAUACUGCCUCUCAUGCAGGAAAUCAUAACAGCGAGUAUUCUUGUUUGUGAAGAACAAAAUAAAAUGUAUAUUAGUAAAAAUCUAGACAAAGUUGAAGCUAGUUUCAUAAAAAUAUUUGACUUAAAAUAA